AUGUAUUAUGCAUAUAAAAGGAUCAAGAAACACCGCGCUCAGAGGGCCGCAGGAGCAGCUACGUUGCCUGCUACUGCUGCUCCUGUUUCCGUCGCAGCCUCUGACGCGAGCAAAGCAUCCACUCCUUCGACUGCUGUCGCAAGGACGACACCAACGACAGCACCUAUUCCGCCCAAGAAGACGAAGAAGAAGUGCCCUCAGUGCACGCAAGAGAAAAGCGCCGUUCGGAAGUACCGAUGGAAACUCCUCUUCUGUCUAUUACCGGCCUUCUUCUGUGCGAGUCUCGACUUGACCAUUGUCGCAACAGCCUUGCCUCAGAUCGCAUCUCAUUUCGACAAGUUCAAUCAACUCAACUGGAUCGUCACAGCCUUCACGUUGACCUCUACCGCCUUCAUCCCUGUCUUCGGUCAGCUGGCAGACAUAUUCGGGCGGCACCUGUCGCUGCAAAUAGCCGUUGUUCUAUUGAUACUCGGCAGUGUGCUCUGUGCUGCCGCGCCAGUCUGGCCAGUACUCCUUCUUGGACGAGGCUUCCAAGGUGUCGGGACCGCGGGGGUGUCUAAUGUGGCAAUGAUUGUUUUGGCAGACUCGGUGUCUCUCAAAGAACAAGCCAUCAACACAAGCAUUUUCCAGCUUAUGAACGGCAUUGGUUACAGCGUCGGUCCAGUUAUCGGCGGCUACAUAACCAAUUCCGACUGGCGAUACUGCUUCGUGCUCGCGGCCGGCAUGUCGGCCGUGUCCUUCUUCACAAUCUUCCUUCUCCGCGGCGACCUCAAGCCGGGCAAGAUCUCACUGUCGCACCCUCCAGCUGGCCAAACCCGGGUGCAAGCACUGUCGUCGGGCCUCGCGACUCUCGACUUUGGCGGCAUCUUCCUGUUCAUCUUCGGCGUGGGCCUCAUCAUCGUCGGCACGGCGUGGGGUGGCUCGACAUUCCCUUGGUCGUCUGGGGCCGUCAUCUCGACCACUGUGCUCGGCGCGGUGCUGAUCCUCGCGUUUCUGGCAUGGGAGUCUCUCCUGUCGCCCGGGCGCGUCCUCAGCCGCCGAAUGCCAAGGACCGUGGCCAUGAUCCCCUCGUCGGCCCUCGCAGCCAAAGACGUCAGUUUGGUCUGCUUCAUCGCGGCCGCGACGGGCGCGGCGCUCUACUCGGUCUUCUACUUUAUCGGCAUCUACUUCACGCUCGUCGAGGCCUACUCGUCAUCGCACGCGGGGACCCAGCUGCUGUACUACGUGCCCGGCAUCGGCGUGGGCGUCUACCUCGCCAUCUUCAUCUGCAACGUCUACCCGCGCCAGACCUUCUACCCGCUGCUCAUCGGCACCGUCGUCGAGACGGCGGGCAUCGCCGCGCUCGCCUACGCUACAAAAGUGCGCGACCGCACCCUCGUCAACGUGCUGAUGGGCAUCGCCGGCGCCGGGACCGGCAUGCGCUUCAUGCCGUCCAGUCUCCACCUGUCGGGCAUGUUCCGUUCGCAGCUCGCCGCCGUGUACUCGCUGCUGCGCUUCGCCCUGCCCUUUGGCGGCACCCUGGCCCUGACCAUCAUGGGCAGCGUGUUCCAGAACAAGAUGAGCACCUACUUUGGCUCCAGCGCCGUCACAAACUCGGACGGCUUCAGUUUGCACAACACGGCCUCGCUGGACUCGAUCGGGAACCUGCCCGAGGCCCAGCAGAACGCGAUCCGCGCCCAGGGCGCCACCGCCACCAUGUGGAGUUUCAUUUCCAUCCUGCCGAUCCUGGCCCUGAGUCUGUUCGCGAGCGCGGGCUUGGGAAACGUCUGGAUCCCGCGGCACAAGUCGGGCGACGAGAAGGAAGAGCCAGACGCCGAGAAAGGCGCGGAGGGCCAGGUUCGGGAAGACGGUACCUGCCGCCGACAUGCAGAUGCCGCCCUUGCCGCCGGUGGCGGUGAUCGUCCCCAGGACGGCAAGGAGACGCGGGGCGUCGAGUUCAUCACGUCCAGCUACAUCCUCGCUGUGUUUCGUGGCGAUGUGCAAAGAUUGAAGACAUCCGCCACCCCGAUGCAGACACCAAACUUGGACAAAGAACAAGCCCCGAAAGAUCCCAACGGACAGAUACAUACUCGAAACUCAAGGGGCGGUGCUUAG